AUGUUCAAACCCUUAAGUGGCAAGGUAAUAACAGUUAUAGGAUCAUCUGGAUAUGUUGGUUCUAAUAUUAUAAAAAAUGCUCUUCAAUAUGGUGCUAUAGUGAAUGGAGUUUCUAGAAGUGGAUAGCCGAAAUCCUAAUCAAAUUGGACUAGAGAAGUUAAUUGGAUUAAAGGUGAUGCCAUGAAAGCACAUGAAUUUAAAGAUGCUUUAUAAAAAAGUGAUAUUGUAAUUCACACAAUUGGAACACUAAUUGACUCGUCAGUUUUGAACAACAAAAAACCGUAUUUCUUAUUCAAUACUUAGAGGUGAACAAGGCACUUAUGAAUAAAUGAAUAGAGACACUGCUUUUAAUGUUGUGAAAGAAUUGAUCAAUACAAAUGUAAAGUUUGUUUAUGUGAGUGGUUCUGCUCACCCACCAUUUUUAAAAAGAUACUUAACUACUAAACAAGAAGUAGAAUAACAUAUUUUGAAUCUAUACCAAGUAUUCUUCAGAAUAACCAUUUUAGCAAUAAUAACUUAAUCCAAUCAUAGUAAGACCAGGAUUCAUUUAUAGCUUAACUCAAAGAUGGUGGAGUGUUCCUUUGAAAUAUGAUUUGGCAAUAUGGAAAUGUGUACAUUAUAAUGCAUCUAAAUUAAUUCCUUAGCAAUCAUCUAUUGGAAAAAUCUUCAAUGAAUUCAAAGUGGAUACUUCAAUAGAUUUAUAAGAUGUUGUUGAUGCAUGUUUGGCUCCUUUAAAAAUAGAUUUGGUAGGAUAAUCAUUAAAUAAUUCAGAAAUGGAAAAAGUAGCAUAACAAUUUAGAAGCUUAAAAUGA